GGAAGGUUUCGAGUUCUUCGUGUUUCUGAGAGGGAAUAGAGAAGGAUUGAGGGGUGUUUUGUGAGGUAGCGACGAAGGAAAAUUCUUUUCCUCCCAUUUUUCCCGGCUAGCUACAACGAAGCGGAAAAAGGAAUCCACUGUGAUGGAGCAAAUGAUCGUAUCCAACUCUGAAUUGGGACCACCGACUGCAGAUGUUAAUGCUGCUGAAGUGGAAGGUUUGGGUGAAUGCAUUGAUGAAAUUUUCAAGAAAGUUAAUCAGCUCGAGCAAAAAGUGAAUGAGGUUGAACAGUUCUAUUUGUCCAAAGAUAAUACACAGUUGAACUCUUCGAAAGGUAGCUCAAUUGCAAAAGAAAAAGUGAAGGAGAAGCUUGCUUCUAGCACUGACAAGCAGCAGCAAGAUGCACCGUGUAAGGAAGUGGCUGCUUCAAAGAGAAUGCAGGAACUCAUGCGCCAAUUUGCUACAAUAUUUCGCCAGGUCACUCAACACAAGUGGGCAUGGCCUUUCAUGGAACCUGUAGAUGUUGAAGGUCUUAAGUUGCAUGACUAUUAUGAGGUUAUUAAGAAGCCCAUGGACUUGGGUACAGUUAAAAGUAAAAUGGAGGCUAAAGAUGGUACAGGCUACAACAAUGUCCGGGAGAUCUAUUCUGAUGUUAGGUUGGUUUUUAAGAAUGCAAUGACAUACAAUGAUGAAAGAGAUGAUGUCCAUGUAAUGGCCAAAACAUUGUUGGAAAAAUUUGAGGAAAAGUGGCUGCAACUUUUGCCAAAGGUUGCUGAAGAGGAAAAACGGCAAGCCGAGGAGGAAACAGAAGCGAGGAUGAACAUGCAGCUUGCUCAAGAGGUAGCACAUGCCAACAUGGCAAGGGAUUUAAGUAAUGAACUCUAUGAGGUUGAUAUGCAGUUGGAGAGACUUAGAGAAAUGGUGGUUCAGAAAUGCAGGAAAAUGUCUACUGAUGAAAAGAAAAAACUUUGGGCGGCUCUCACCCAAUUAUCAUCGGAAGAUCUUGACAAAGCACUGGAAAUAGUUGCGGAGAGUAACCCAAGUUUUCAAGCAACAGCCCAAGAAGUGGAUCUUGACAUAGAUGCUCAGAGUGAGUUGACAUUGUGGAGAUUGAAGGUUUUUGUGCAAGAGGCACUAAAAGCUGGAAGCAAUAGUUUGGGGGCCACGAAUUGCAACAACAAUGAUAAUAAUAAUAAGAAUAACAAAAGAAGAAGGGAGAUCUGCGAUGCCCUUGUCAAAUCUGCUAUGAAAAGGAAUAAGAAACCUCCCUCUAAUUCCUAAAUUAGGAAAGGUAUUGCACAUGUAUACGACUGUAGUGAACAUAGGCAACUUGGUGGUUCAGUUUUCGGUUGAGAUAUUUAGGACUGUUCUGAACAUCAUUCUCUCUAUUGGGAGAGGAAACCCAUUUUGUUUAGGAGCUAGAAUUGGUAAUUCUACAUGGGUGGAUGAUUACUUCUACUCCUCUGUAUAAGAGUUGUAAGUUCUGAGUA